AUGGAUACGAACAGAUCAGAAAUAGCGGAACUCAUUGCACGAAGGGGGCACGAAAUCUUCUCGAAAUCAUCUGAAAAGUUGGCUGCAUAUGGUGAAAAUACGAGAAAACGCAAAUUCCGAGAGGCCAUCGAUAUACUGACCGAGAGAAAUCUAAUGAACAGGAGACUUGAAGAAGGCGUGAUCAGCGAAAACUUUGCAUAUUGCACAAACAAACUCGGAGAUGACCAGGCAAGAGCAAGAUUAGCAAAAAGAAGACGACUGGAUCAACGUAAUAUCCUUCAUUUUAGGAAAAGAGAUCGCAAGGAGACGAGAAAGGAACAAUCGGAAGCAAAGAGGAGACGUCUUCAAUGA